AUGUCGGACGGCGGCGUUCUGACAUCGCCUGAAGUUCUAUAUACGAAUGCCGUUACCCCGACAUCAUCUGACGACACAUCAACGAAAAGAAUGAUGUCGGACGGCGGCGUUCUGACAUCGCCUGAAGUUCUAUAUACGAAUGCCGUUACCCCGACAUCAUCUGACGACACAUCAACGAAAAGAAUGGUGGCCCAUUCUAGCGAGCAUGGAUUUUCAGGCUCACCUGCUUCAGAUCAAGUUCGAAUACCAAACGUGAUAGUCAUGGUAGGGCUACCGGCCCGUGGCAAAACGUACAUUUCGAAGAAACUUUGUCGAUAUCUGAAUUGGAUCGGCAUUAAAACCAGAGUAUUCAAUGUUGGUGAAUACCGUCGCACGGAAGCAAAUGCUGCUGAUGCUGUUCAUGGAGCGAACGCCUCGUUCUUCUCCCCAAACAAUGCCGCCGCCCUCAAAGUACGAAAUGAGUCAGCUCGUCGGGCGAUGAAUGAUAUGGCGGACUGCUUGAAGUCGGGCGCGUGCAAUGUCGCAAUAUUCGACGCUACUAAUACGACGAGGGAACGUCGAAAAACAAUCAACGAAUUCUGUCAGAAGAACUGGUUACGAUGCUUCUUCAUUGAGUCUGUCUGUGAUGAUGAACGUAUCAUCGAUAGUAACAUAACAGAUGUGAAGGUAAACUCACCUGACUACAAGGGAUUGAUGUCCGCCGAGCAAGCGAAGGAGGAUUUCUUGAAGCGAAUCGAGAACUAUAAGCAACAGUUCAUCAAUGCCGGGCGUUCCUUCUUCGUGCACAAUGUCCAAGGGCAUGUUCAAAGUCGUGUUGUUUACUUCCUGAUGAACAUUCAUCUUCUGCCGCGAAGCAUCUUCUUAACAAGACACGGUCAAAGCGAAUAUAACGCAAUGGGACGUCUUGGCGGUGAUUCACCGUUAACUGCUGAAGGUGAAAAGUACGCGGAAGCCUUGGGUAGAUUUUUCGAGAAAGCACAAAUUUCCGAUCUUCGAAUUUGGUGUUCUCAAAAGGUUCGCGCUGCUCAAACAGCACAAAAACUGAAAUCGGCAUUCCACACUGAAUAUUGGAAAGCGUUGGAUGAAAUUGAUGCCGGAAUAUGUGAGGGUCUCACCUAUGACGACAUUCAGCAG